AUGCCUGCUAUCCCUAAAGAAAGCGACUUCCCGUCAUCUGUAUCCGUCACCAUCACCCCGCCAGACUCACCGCGAUCAACAAAUGUCCUCAUCCUCCUACAUGGACUAGGCGAUACGCCUGCACCUUUCACUAGCUUUGCAUCGGCUCUCCAUCUACCCGAGACAAGCUGUAUCGUUGUCCAAGCCCCCGUUCCACUGCCGUUCGACCUUCCCGGCUUUCAUUGGGGUGACGACAUCGUUUUUGAAGCGGACUCAUUAGAUCAAGACCCUGGCUUUACUAGGGCUACCCGCAUGAUAGUCGCAGAUAUCAUACGGUCAACAUUGAUAGACAAGCUCGGGUACAAGGCUCGCGAGAUACUACUUUUCGGGUUCGCACAGGGUGCGAGUGUUGCGCUGAGCGCAGCAUUGGAAUUUCAUCUGUCAGAAGCUGGCCAGGGAGAGCUUGGUGGUACCGUUGCAAUUGGCGGAGUGUUGCCUCUUUCAGCUAUCAAGGAAAGAGGAAGUAGGCAAAAUAAAUCGCCUAGCCCAGUGCUAGUCUUGGGUGGUCAUGGUGCGCAGAGCGCUGUGACGGAUAUGGGUGUUCGUCGAACGAAGGAGGAGUUUGAAUACGUGGACGUGGUCCACUGGAGAAGCAAGAAGGAAGAUACCAUGCCUCGAAACAGGGACGAAAUGAUGCCCGUCAUGCAGUUCUUCGCUAGACGGUUACGUAGCACCAGUGGAGUGCCUGAAGGAAGCGUGGAGCUUACUUAG